GGGAAAUAGUAGUAGCCUGGAUUGCGUUAUAAGAGGGAUCAUCUGAAGAGGAUCCGUACAGAAGCAAAGGACUGGUACAUAGCAGGAAUGCUCCAACGGAUGACUUGGCACUGUAGCUGCAUUUCUUUGGUCUGGCUCAUCAGGGUGCUGUCAAGGUGGAUUAUCACUGAUGUUGGUGAAGUCCACAGCCUUUCUUUCCUCUAUGGAUGGGCCAAUCCCCGUUGGUUCAAAUUGGAGCCGUGCACACGACCCGGGGAUUCCAAUGUAACCACACAACAAGCAAUAUGUGAGCGACUGCAAGUCAUAAAAGUACUAUGACAGCAGCUAGCACAUGAGAGUACAGAGCUUUUAAUUGUGUUCAGAGUAUCCGCGGUCAUGGCUUAGUGACA